GUCGUCUCUCGACUUGUCUUGACUUGUCUCGACUCUCAUCAGUCUCAUCACAAUUCACAACAAAGCGGAGCAAAUCCACAUCCAAAAGCAACCAGCUCUUCUCGGACAGUGUGUCUCGACUGUCUCGGAGCGUCCCACGCCGAGUCGGACACUUCGGACAGUGGAAAGACGAGGGUCGAGCGAUGGAACUGUUCCCAAUCGAGUUGAGUCUGCAGCCGCGAUUGCUAGACCCGCUGUGGUUCAGCGUGGACAGGCCGUGCGACGAGGAGGCAGAGAUCGCACUCAUGGAGCAGGAACUCCAAAACUCGCUGGACGCGAUCGCCUCGAAGGACAACGACUCGCCCGUCUUUGGCAAAAACACGUCUGACCCGUUGGAGGAGAUGGAGGACGAGGACGAAGAGGAGGACAACGACGAUGAGGAUUCGGAUAGCCGCGGCGAGGACGAGGAAGAGGAGGACCUUGACCUAGACCAUGACCACAUGGACCUCACCUACGAACAUGCAGACUCGCCGGAGGAGACUUGAUGGAAGAGAGACCAAAGACUUGCUUUUUCUCUGUACUUUUUCUGCCCCUGAAUUUUGUAAGUUAACAUUUUCCUUUUUAUCGGUUUUUGUUGAACUCGAUCGGCUUUAAAUAAAUCUUUUUAAUGUUAAAAGUGAAAAAAAGGUUUUGGCAUCCAUUUCGAAUCCUCUGAAGCAUAAAAAUAGAGUUAAAUUUUAUCAUAAUAUGGAGGAAAAAAUUACAUGAAACAAAAUUUAUUGAGCGCAGAAAUAAAUUCUUGCUUUGUAAAAUAUCUCAACUUUAUGACAACAGCAGCUUUAUGUUUUUGAACUCUAUCCGAGUUGUAUGUUUAUUUUUUAAAUUGAUUACAAAAUUUCCGUUUCCAACCCAUGACUUGUCAGCUAGUCUUAUUUUUUUUAAUUCUCUGGUUCACAAAAUUCAUCACUUGGAAAAUCUAUUAUAAUCAGCUGGAUUUUUUUAAACUGAUACUAAAGAUAUCAGAACAAUACUUCUCUUGGAUAUUAAGGUUUCUGCAAAUCAAUAUAUUUAGAAUCUAGAAUAUUGAUAUGUAAAAGAAAUAAGAAGAUCAAUAAUUAUCAAUUAGGAAAGUGUAUAA